AUGUCAGCUACAAUAUCACCUAGGUCGACAAAAGACGAUGUCGAAAAAGCACCAGUAUUGACUACGGCACAGCAAUUGCCAGUAUCCAAUUUGGAUAAUGGCGUUGUCGGUUGGGAAGGGCCCGAUGAUCCGUUGAAUCCUCAAAACUUCCCGGAGCGCAAGAAAUGGCUUAUUCUGGGCCUAGUCAGCUUCGUUACAUUCUUGAGUCCUUUGGCCUCUUCCAUUCCAGCGCCUGGAAUUGAACUGAUGGAUGCGGAUUUUGGUGUCACUUCAACAAUCCUCAGUGCACUGGCCGUCAGUAUCUUUGUUCUUGGAUUUGCGGUCGGCCCUCUCAUCAUGUCCCCACUAAGCGAAAUGUACGGACGCCAAAUUGUUUUGAAUUUCUCCAAUCUUCUCCUAUCGGUCUGGCAAAUAGGUUGUGCUUUGUCACCGAAUAUGGCGAGCCUGAUUGUUUUCCGGUUCCUAGCUGGACUUGGUGGUUCUGCGUGUUUGGCUGUUGGCGGUGGAAUCAUCGCUGAUCUCUUCCCACUUCAACAACGAGGACAGGCAAAUGCGCUAUUCACGAUCGGCCCUCUGUUUGGCCCAGUCAUUGGGCCUAUCAUCGGUGGUUUCAUUGCUCAGCGUGCGAGCUGGAGAUGGGUUUACUGGGUCCUCCUUAUAGCUGUUGGGCUGGCGACUGUUGUUAAUUGGAUCAUUGGCCAAGAGACCAAUCCGAAAGUGCUCAUUAACCGGAAGACAAAGAGACUCCAGAAAGAACUGCAGCGAGAUGACCUCCAAAGCGUUUAUACGGCAAAAGGUACCUUGAGUCCUUCUGCUCUCAUGAUCCAGAGCGUGACAAGACCAGUCAGAAUCUUGUUUGGGUCUGUAAUCUUGCUCCUCCUAGCUCUCUACAUGUCCUUUGUCUUUGGCCUUUUAUAUCUUCUGUUCACCACCAUCACCAGUCUUUUCACAGAAACCUACGGCUGGCCAGUGGAAUUUGCCGGUCUCGCAUAUCUGGGUAUUGGUUUUGGUUUUGGUGCGGGUAUCAUUGUUGUUGCAAAGACCUCAGACAAAACUGUGGUAAAAUUGACCAAAGCGAACAAUGGUGUCUAUGAGCCUGAAAUGCGCCUCGCUCCUUGUCUAAUGUUUGCCUUGUUCAUUCCUGUCAGCUUUUUCUGGUAUGGCUGGUCAGCAUAUUACAAGGUACAAUGGAUGUGUCCGAUCAUUGGACUGGCUCCGUUUGGCUUUGGAAUGAUGGGUAUUUUCGCACCAAUCCAGACAUAUUUCAUCGAUGUAUCGGGCCAAUAUGCUGCGUCCGCUGUUGCCGGUCUUACAGCGAUCAGAUGCGUAUUUGGUGCAUUUCUUCCCCUGGCAGGACCGUCUAUGUACGAUGCCUUGGGUCUGGGCUGGGGGAAUUCCUUACUUGGAUUCAUUGCGCUGGGCUUAACACCUGUACCGGCUUUGAUUUACAAAUAUGGAGGUGUGAUCAGGCAAAAGUAUCCUAUCACGCUGGAUUAG